AUGUAUGGUAAUUAAGUUAAAGCAUUAAAAAAGUCUAUUGAAUAAUUUAAACAAUUCAAAGACAUGAGCCAUACUUAGGCCAGAUUAUAAUAGUAGUUCCCAGUUAUUUAUUCACAAUUAAUUGAGAGUCUAAAAAUGUAAUAAUUUACAGAAAAAAAAUUAGUUAACUUAAGUGAAAAAAUUGAAAAAAAAGUGCUUUAUUAUUUAUCUUCAGAUGAAUAAGAUUAGGUUUAUAAACUUUUUUCAUAGAUAUACAUCAAUAAUUUAGAUUAAUUAAAUACUAAAUAACUAGGAGUUAUCAUAAAGUAUUAAUAACAAUUAAAUAAUAUAAUUGAAAAAGCAUUAUAAAAUCCUCUAAAUUAAGAAGACUUAUUUGAAUUAUUAUAAUCAAUUAAUUAUAGAAAUUGUUGGUCUCAAAUUAAUUAAAAUCAUAUUGAUCAAAUUAAAAAGAGUAUAGAUUAAAUUAAUUCAUAAGAAAAUGAACUUGAUUUUUACUUAUUCAAUGAAAUAUUAAUUGCAUCUGAAUCAAUUAAUCUUGAUAACUUUAUUAGAAAAACUAUAAAAUCGCAUAAAAUUCAUAAUAUUUUAAAGAAAGAUGUUCCUGUCUAAAUAAUUCAUCUAAACAUAUUAAUUAAAAUAGUUGGAGAUCGUUAUAUGUCAUCAACAUUAUGGAAAUUAUACAAAGAUGAAAUUUUAAAAUUAGAAUUAACAACUUUAUCUUAGUAAUAAUUUGUUUAUGAUCAUUUAAAACGUUAUUAUUAACUUACAUGUGAUACAAUUAAAAAUUUAACUCAUUAAUCUAUUAAUAAAGAGAGAUAAUCUAAUAUAUAUAUUAAUUUAAUCUUAGAAGAAAUAUAAAGAAAUUUAGAAAAUUUAAAUGAUAUAAAAAUUGAAACACUUUUAAAAAAUUGUAAUUUAGAUGAUUUUGCUAUUUUGAACAGAUAAAUCAUUAGAAUAAAUAUUGAUUAAUCAAGUGAAUCCUUUAUUUAUCUCUAUAUAAGUAAAUAAUCAUUUAGAAAUGCUAGGUCUAAUAAAAGAGGAGUUAAUCUACUUUAAAGAAGAGACUAUAUAGACAUAAACAGAAAAAUUGAAUUAAUUUAUUAGACUUUUAAAAUCAAUUGAUAGAUUUAAAUAAUUUAAAUUACAAAAGAAAUAGAAUAAUCCAAUUUAUGAAAUAUAUUAAAUUAUUGAAGAAUAAGUAUUCUCAUAUAUUUGCAAAAAUCAAUAUGAACUUGAUUUAGAUGGAACAUAAGAUCCAUUUGCAUUAGAUCUACUCAAAACUUAGAAAUAAAAAUCAGGAAAAUGGAAAGAAGAAGAUGAUUAAGUUACAAUUUUAAUAUCUGAUAUAGAUUCCUCAGAUCUACACUAACUUUAUUAAAUAGGAGAUUAUUUUAAUAAAAAUUAAUAAGGAAGAAUGUAUUUUCAUUAUUGUAUAGUCAAAUAAUUAGUUGUUAAUUUCUAAAAACUUGAUUUCACAAAACAAUGUGACAUUCUUUAUUAUUUGACAAAAAUUGAUAAAAUAUUCAUGAUUGAGUCAUUUUAAUAUACAAUAGAUUAUAAUCAAUUACAAUAUUUAAAUCAGGAAGAUAUAACUAAAUGUGCAAUAUAGUUAUUAUUCUAUAAUUAAAUAUCAUUUAAUAUAGAUAAAGCUAUUACAAGUAAAUUAGUAGAUAUUUUACAUUAAAAUCUCAAUUAUAUAGAAAAUUUGAAUUAAGAAUAUCAAAUAACCUUUUAUUAAGCAUAUGAGUAUAUAUUUCUAUAUAUUUAGGUUAAUGCGUAUAGAAUUCCCUUCAAUUUAAGUAUAAGAAUUGCCUGAAAGAUUUUAAUAAAUAUUUGAAGAAUAUUGGUUAUAUUUAUAAAAAGAAACAUAACAUAUUGUUUCUGAUACUAAAAAAUACCUAGAUAAAGAAGAAUAUCAUUAUACAUAUAUGAAAUAAAUUUUGAUAUGGAAAUUCUUAUAUGUUUUUGAAAAAGAAAAGACAAUUGUAAUUUGUCUAUCAGAUAGAUUUUAUUUAGGAAGAACCAAUUUAAACUUAAUAGAAAUAGGUAUUCUCAAAAGGGUUUUAAGAUGUAUAGAAAUUUAUUGAUUUUGUAGUGCAUGACUAUAAAUUGAGAAUAUUAGAUAAACAUGAAUAUGAAAAAUUCACUACUAGACAUGAAAAAAAUGAUUAUAUCUAUGAGAAACUCAAAUAUCUAAGUAGAGAACCUAAGAAACCUAAGAAACCAUAUUUUAAUAUAUGAU